CCUCUCCGCUUCCCCUGCAGCAUCUCUUGGAUGGCUUCCAGUGCAGCCGAGAAGAUGACCUCCUGUCUUACGGGGAAACGGGAAUGCCGGUCCCUCCCUUCGGCUGCACCUUUUCUGCAGCCCCGAAUUUGGAGCAUGUACUGGCAGUUGCAAAUGAAGAAGGAUUUGUUAGACUGUAUGAUACUGAAGCUCAAACUACCAGCAAAGUCAUCUUUAAGGAAUGGCAGGCUCACUCAAAUGCUGUAUUUGACCUUGCCUGGGUGCCAGGGGAACACAGGAUUGUCACUGCUUCAGGGGAUCAGACAGCCAAGGUGUGGGAUGUGAGAGCCGGCGAGCUUCUUGGCAUAUGCAAAGGUCACCAGUGUAGCCUCAAGUCAGUUGCUUUUUCUAGAUUUGAGAAAGCUGUCUUCUGUACUGGAGGCAGAGAUGGAAACAUCAUGAUUUGGGAUACGAGAUGCAACAAGAAAGAUGGAUUUUAUAGGCAAGUGAAUCAAAUCAGUGGAGCACACAAUGUGAUUGACAAGCAGACUCCUUCCAAACUGAAGAAGAAGAGGCAGAACCUAAGAGGACUUGCUCCCUUGGUGGACUUUCAGCAGAGUGUAACUGUGGUGCUGCUUCAGGAUGAGCAUACUCUUAUCUCUGCAGGAGCUGUUGAUGGUGUGAUCAAAGUAUGGGACUUGCGCAAGAACUACGCCACUUACCGUCAGGACCCAGUGCCUUUCAAGUCUUUUUGCUACCCUGGGACCAGUACUCGCAAACUUGGAUAUUCUAGCAUGGUUUUGGAUUCCACUGGUGCUAAUCUGUUUGCUAACUGCACUGAUGAUAGCAUCUACAUGUUCAACAUGACAGGUUUAAGGACCACUCCAGUGGCAGUUUUCAGCGGGCACCAGAAUUCAACCUUUUACAUCAAAUCCAGCACCAGCCCAGACGACCAGUUCCUGGUCAGUGGCUCAAGUGACUGCAAUGCAUAUAUCUGGAAGGUUUCUGAGCCCAGCCUUCCUCCAUGGAUACUCCUUGGUCACUCUCAAGAAGUUACCUCCAUUGCUUGGUGUCCUUCAGACUUCACUAAGAUUGUCACUUGUUCCGAUGACAACACUGUGAGGAUUUGGCGCUUACGACGUCGUCCUGAGGAGGAGAAAUCAGCAUCCAGCAAAGUCAACUUGGUGGGCUGGGUCACUCAGAAGAAAUCAGAAGAACAACGUGGAGCAGGACCGCCAGCCAGCCCGCAGAGCACUCCUGCCAAGGCCUUCACAGCGGGCAGCCCGUGCGUUUCCUCGCCACGGCCAGCUGCCUGUGCUCCCAUUUAUUCUGGAGACCUUCCCCUGUCUACAAACACUCCAACAGCCACUCUCAAAACCCAGACGGCCACAGCCUGCACCCCAGCCAAGCAGAGUGGAGCCAGCCCACGCCCUUCUUCCAAACUGAUCCUUUCCUCCAAAAUGUCCAUUAAACACUGGGUUACAAGGACUCCAUGCUCUUCUCCUCCAGAAGUGGGGAAAAAGGCUCCUUCUCCUAGAAAAGCCCUGGCAGAAGUCACCCAAGGUCUCCUGGAAGCCGCUUGCCCUCCUAAAGCCCCGCAGUUUGAAAAGCGUGCCAAGAGACGGCUUGACUGCAGCAAGGAGGACGAUGCGGGACAGAAGUGUCUGCAGGCCUGUAGCUGUGUGACUGAACUGGACCAUACGGCUAAGAAAUCCAAGCUGAAUUUAUGUCACUUGGCUGCAGACCAGAAAGCUUCUGAUGAAAGCUGUCUCAGCCUGGCUGACUUGGAUAACGACCGCAAAGGGUCCAGCCGCAGCCCAAAAGAGCCUUCCUUUCCUGGAAGCCAUAUUAAUUCAUCAGGUGUUCAAACUCCCCCUCAUCUUUUCAGAUCUCCAUGCGGGAAAGGCACUGAGGUAGUAGAUAAAGAGAAUAGUUCACCUGAAAGAAAAAAUUGGUUGUCUGCUCUGGGAGAGAAGCUCCGGACUGGCAGAGUGGGCAGCCAGAGCGUGUCACACAGCCCCCCGUCAUCUUGCAGUCCCAGUACCAAAAGACAAGAGGCUAUGACAGCGGCCACUUCACCGAAAACUGCUGCAACCACUUCAGUUUCAAUGAGGAAGAUCUGCACAUACUUCCACAGAAAGCCACAGAAUGACUGA